UGUCGCUACGAAAGCAAUAAUCAUCCUUAUCGUCUUAUCGCCCCAUUCAAAGUGGAGGAACAUAGCCUGGAUCCAUUGGUGUUGACAUUUCAUGAUUUUAUCGACGACAUAAAGAUUGCCACCAUCAAAUAUAUGGCCGAGCCUCGCAUGCAACGCUCCACUGUGCGCGACGUGGUGACCCUAUCAAAGGCCACUGACUUCCGCAUUAGCAAGAACGCUUGGCUGGGCUAUCAGGAGCACCCUUACAUGUUGGGUAUGUUGCGUGAUUUGCGCGAUAUAACCGGCCUCGAUAUGACACGCUGCGAAAAAUUGCAAGUAGCCAAUUAUGGACUGGGCGGACACUAUGAACCGCACUGGGAUUUCUAUUUGGACAUUGAACGCAUACCGGUGGGAUUGAGUAAUCGCAUUGCGACUGCCAUAUUUUACCUUUCUGAGGUGGAGCAAGGUGGCGCUACCGGGUUUCCAUAUCUGAAUUUUGCCAUCAAGCCGAAAAAGGGCAACGUACUUUUCUGGUAUAAUUUGCAUAGAACUGUGGAAGGUGAUUAUCGUACGAGACAUGCAGCCUGUCCGGUAUUGAAGGGAUCCAAGUGGAGUGAGUAAUACAUAACAUACAACUGAUUUGAUUGCUUAAAGUGAAUUCCAUUGGAGUGCAGUUAGGCAUAGAGGGGCUUUU